GUGACGCCGUAGCUUUCUUUGUUUCAAACGCUUUGGUUAUCAUUAAUACAGUCUUAGCAAUAUUUUUCAGAGUAAAAAUUUAUAAAUCUAAAUGUGUUAAAAAAAGCGAUAUAAUUAAUAAUAUUGAAUGAGUCAAUCAAAUUAGUGUGUCAUGGAGAAAAUAAAUAAUCGUGAUUUGUUGUAUAAAAAAUCAGCUACGCCGCUUAUAGUUGAUGAUGAUUUUGAAGCAGAUCCAUUGUUAGCUGUUCAUAAAUUUGUUAAUAAAUACAACAAAAAAAUAUCUGAAGGUUUUGUUAAUAAAAAAAUAAUCAAUGAAUUUUAUAGUGUACUUUGUUACGAAUAUAAUUUAACAAUUGACGGCGUGGCAUCGGUAUCUCCUGUAAAUUUUAAUAAAUCAUUUUUAACUGAUAUACUUAAAUGGAUAAAUGAAAAUUACGAAAAAGAAGAUAAAGAGUUGAUACGAAUUAGUUAUGAGAUCAUUGUUUUACAAUUGAAACUCUAUUGCAGUAUACCGGACAUCAAUGAAUUGUUUGAGAGCUUUAUGGAAUAUCAGUCAUCAAUUAAAGACAAUGGUACUGAUAUUUAUUAUAAAAUACUUGAAUGUUUCGUUGAUGCUUUGUCUUUAAAACUUUUGCCAAAUGAACAAAAGAUGUCAGUGAUGGGCAUUGGUUCAUCGGUUAUUGAAGAAAUCAGAUUUUGGUUUAAGAGAAUUGAGCAGAGCAAUUGGAAGCUUUUUAUUUCGUUGAUAAUUAAAAUGAUUAAUUUAUUUGAUCAACGAUUUGUGCUAGAGCGUUUAUGGACAAUGAUAUUAAAAUUUUCAAAAGAUGAGUGGCAAAAGUCAUUAAUAUUACUAAGUAUUUUGGUAGACGACAUUUUGUCUCUGGCUUCUAAUCAAAUAGUCGAUCUAAAUUAUGAAUUUUGUCGUAAUAAAAUUCUCUGGGAAUUAAUUUUACGAGGACUCAGGUCUUCAGUUGAACAAGACCGCAAGCAAGGAUUGUGUAGCAUGAAGAAGAUUUUGGAUUUCUUAGAGGAAAAUCGGAAGAUAAUGAAUUCAGAGUUAAAUAUUAUUCCAUUUAUUUUUUGUUCAAAGGAUAUAAACGAUCCAGCAACGAAAGAUGUAAAAAGUAAAUUCUUUUUGGUAAUGGAAAGUUUGGAAGAAAAACAAGCGCAAUCAAUUAUUCCUACACUGACGUACAUGGAAACACUGAUACAAUUUCAUGCUAAUCAUUCGUUAUGCUCUAGUUGCUUGGACAUUAAAUGGAUUCAAUAUAUUUUCGAUCGUGUGCUAAAUCAUGAGGUAGAGGAUGUAGUUAAAUCAGGAUUAAUAAUUCUAUUACAAAUAGAUCCUAAAAUUUAUAAUGAAGAUUUAUUAGUAUUAUUGAUUAAUGCACUUAAUGCAACGACAAUUUACGAUAAGGACAUAUUAGAAACUGAGCCUCUAAUUGUCAAAGAAUUGAGUGAAUUAUUUGUCAAAGCAGAAUAUUCACAAAUUACUUUCAUCAACCAAUUUAUUUGUCAAGCAUCUCAAAUCACUUGGGCACCAAUUCCGUUAUUUUACGUAAUGUCUUCAGUGUUUAAAGCAGGACACAUGUUUAAUGAACGCGCCAAGUGCAAUAUAUGGACGAAAAAUGAAUUGGAUGCCGUAUCAAUAAUUGUUGAUAAAUUUUUUGAUGUCAAAUUUUCUGAUCUAGAGUAUAAUUUUCGUGAAAUCAUAAUUGAUGUAAUCGAUGGUUAUGCUAAUGGAACGGUGGUGUUAGAUGUAUUGGCAAAAAUAUAUUCUAAAUUCAAAAUUGACGAUUUCAAAUGUAGUAAGUAUAGUACGACUUUGGAGCAAGUGAGUAAUUAUUUACGUCGCAAAGUAACAAUUGAUCAAGCUGUGCAGUAUACGUUGGAUAAUUGUUCAAAAUUUUCUCAAAACCUGACAGAGAACAAUGAAAAAAAUAACGCCCAGCAGUUUUCUAGGAUGAUUAUUCAUUUAUGUAGUUCUGGCCUAAUCUUUCAAUCAAAAUUGUGCACUGAAUUAACAGCUCUAUGUACUGUAUUUGAUCCAAUUAUUCUCGCAGAAGCAAAUUUGGACUUUGAUAUGAAUAAUUAUCUUAAACAAUUCGAUUUAUUAAAUUGUUUUCUCACUGAAUUAUAUCAUUUCCGCGAACAUUAUGAGUGCAAAUUUAUCUACGAUGCAUUGACACCCUGUUUGGAAUCUGUCUUGGUAAUAAUUAGCAAAAAUUUAAAUCAGCUAUCAUUUAAUUUAUCAUACAAAGAUAUAAAAAUUUACACUGACUGUUAUCAAGCGGUGCUAACGGCAAUUAAACAUAUUGAUGGUACUUCCCGUCGUCGCAUUGAUUAUUUAACUGAAGUCCUUAAUGAAAUUAAACUUAUAAUCGAUCAGUACGAUUGCAAUGAAGUGAAAAAUAUCAAAUUAUUGUUUGUUCUACACAUACAGUACAGCUGUGUUAAACAUUACGAGGAUUCAAAGAAUCCAUGUGUGACGUCAUUGAUAAAUUUGUGUAUAGGAUUAUUGAAUUCCAGUAUUUGUGGAAUUCAGGAUGAAAUAUCAAUCGCAGAAUGUUAUGAAUUAAUUGCUCAAACAAUGUCUUACUUAACUCAAUACCCGAGAAUCAAAGUUUUCACUGAAUACGAAACAACAUUAAUAUCAGUACUAAUAAUUUUCAAACGAUUAGUUAACGCAACCAAGAAGUUUGUAUUACCAUCUGUUAUAGAAUUAAUAAGUUCAUUAGAUCAAAAUUGUGACAUUAAAGAAGGUGAAUAUUUGGAUACUGUUGAACCAAUAGUGGACAUAGUGUGGAAAAAUUUAUGGGAUAUGGAGCGCGAUAAUUUAUUCUUUAAAUCUUUCGAUGUAUUUAUUGAGUUACUCUUCUAUAAAUAUACAAAAUCCAAUUGUUUUUCAAAUGACAAAAGAGAGGAGUAUAAAAAAAAAAUAAAAGAUGAAAGUAAAAAUAUCCCUCUUCUAAGACAUAUAAUUAAUAAGAACCUUCUUAGAAGAUGGAACUCGAGAACUAUCCCGGAUUUACAAACUCUGAUUAUAGACACAUUUUUGUUCGAUAAUCAUUUUGAUUGUAUGGAUAAUAAAAUAGAAAGGCAAUUCCAAUUAUUUGUAUUCAAUAUUUAUUAUCGCAAUUAUGAAAAUAAGCGAUUAACUAUGUCAUGGCUAGGCAAAGAUCUAUUUAAAAAAAAUAUAUUUAAUUUCACACAAUCCAUAAUGUUGUGUUUGAUCUUUUUAGAUCGGCUUUACUUUAAUGGAUGGCAAAACUGGUUUUGCCCUUUUUUCUUGCCACUACUUGAAAACUUCCGGGAUGAAUCUGGUCAUAAAAGUUCAUACCCCGAUUUUACUAAGCGACGAAUAGUGCAAUUAUUAUUAAUGUCAACAAUCUAUAUAGAUGCUGAACAAGCUACAGAAUUUUUCGAUAUUAUUGGUGACAUUAUUCUUACACAAAAUGAAGAACCAUAUGUGAGAGUAAUGCAAGAAUGGUUUCUCAUUAGAAUAUGUAUUAAGUAUCCAACAAUAAUGUGUGAUAAACUGUGGAUACUUCUUGAGAAAGCAAAAGAAAAGAAACCUAGUGGUAUUGCGUCCAUGGCAUCAAUUAUUUAUCAUGUUUCACAGCAUUUUUACCUAAAAUGGCAAAAGUCCCCUGAUGACCCUGCGAAUUACGAAUUACUCUUUAUACAAAGUGCAAUUGUUGAACUAAUACCCUGUAUUAUUAGCCCACACUUCACCGUUCGUCUUUACAGUCAGGCAGUACUAUUACAAUUAUUUAUAAUGAUUCCUUCAUCUGUGAUACUUCCUUAUAACUAUAAUAAUUUUCGAAGAUAUAUCAUUCAAAACUUGCAGCGUGGAAGUAUGAAUAAAAAGUCAACAGAAUUGUUUAAAGACUUUUAUUUCUCAAAAUUUGAUCCUAUCAAGAAUUUCACUUUCACAACGAUAUUUUACGAUUUACCAAGACUAUUAAAUGUAUCUAAAGACGAAUGGAUACCAUCAACAGUCUUAGAUUAUGAAUAUACCAAACAUGUUGUGGCAGACUGCAUUCAAAAUGAAUAUCUUAAAGUAAAUAGUGAGCAUACUUUAGAAUAUGUAAUGUUACCGUCUCGAAUAACACAAACACGGUGUCAAGAGUUGGAAGAAGAAGAUCUAAACACUUGCGACAAUGUUGCUCAUGAUCAAACAAAAAUAGCUCCACUAAAAUCGUUAUCUUCUGAUAACAAUUUAUCUGGAAUAAUGUCUCUUAUGUGCCAAAAGCUUACCGAUGAUGCUGAAUUGAUUAUAGUUAUGAGUUCAAUUGACAGUAUGAAUAAUUCAGGUGAUCUGGAGAAAACGGUUGAGAUGUUUUGUGGAAAACGAAUGUCUGAAAAAUGGGUUCAAAUAAAAGAAGUUAAGGCUGAUGCAUUGAGGGAUUAUCUGUUAGAAAUGAGCUCAUUGGGGUGGAAAAUUGUCGGAACUAAACAGACGACCGGCAGUGACUGUCUUACAGAUGUUAAGUUUCAGAAGAAAACAGUCCUUGUCUUAAGGAACAAAAAAUACGGAAUACCAGCGAAUUUAAUUCCCUUGAUGGACGUUUUUGUCGAUCUUCCGGAGACAGAAGUUUAAUUUUCGAACAUACUUUACUGAAUAUUUUUUUAUUGAAUAAUGUACCUGAAAUAUAUAAAUAUUUUUUUCAUACUUUAAUAAAAAGAUAAAUAUUAAGAAAAUAACCACGAUUAUUUUUUGUAUAAAAUAUAUUUCUUGCAUACAUGGCAUAUAUUUUUGUAAGAUGAUACAGUUCUUGUUAAAUAUUAUAUG